AUGAUGAUGAGAGAGACAGAGAAUGAACUGGACACAGACACAUCAGCUGGCAGAAGAGAUGACAUCUCACUGCAGAGCAUGACAACUUUCACUACAGCUGUAAGAGAAGCAGGAGAAGAUGUGAUGAUGAGAGCAGUGCUUCUGCAGCUUAUUGACACUGUCAUCUUUAACCUGGCUUUCUUAGCAGUCAUGAAGACCACUGCUGCACUAUGA